AUGCUGCCCCAGGUCCAGGAGUGGUUUCCGAACGGCGAAUUUACGUCCAUGCAUGACUCUGCUCCUUGCCACAAAGCAAAAAAGCUCACGACAUUUUUAAAUGCCCAGAAAGUAAAAGUUCUUGACUGGCCUGGGAAUUCGCCGGACCUCAAUCCCAUAGAGAACCUCUGGCAGAAGAUGAAACGAGAAAUUUCCAGAGAACUCAUCACUAAUAAACGCAAACUGAUCGAGCGUUUGAUAGAUGUUUGGCACAAGAGUGAAUCAAUUAAGAUAAACUGCUCAAAUGUAUCGAAAGUAUGCCCAGGAGAAUUCAAGCGGUUAUAG